GGCGGGGCGCGCGGGAACUGCGUGCGUUGGCUCUGUGCGGCCCGCACACGGCGUCAUGGCGCGCCUUCUCCGGGCGUUCUGGGCCUUGCCCUUCCGAGAAGUAUCCCGGCGGACCGGAGCGGGCCCAGCGGGCAGCGGCGGCGCCGGCGCGGGGGCAGGUCACGCGAACGCAGGUUCCCAUUUAACCACCCAGGGUCCCUCACAGAGCGCGAGCCAGCCUCUCACCCGGAGCGAGUGGCAAAAGAAGCUGACUCCAGAGUGGUUCUACGUCACGAGGCGAAAGGGAACCGACCCGAGAGAUCCGAAAACACAAGUCCGACCACAGCCCUCCGCCGCCCCUCCAGAGGCUUCCCGCCGCUUCCAAGACGGGAAAUCUAGGAAGGGCAGAAGAGUCCAGCCUGCCUCCCGAGUCUGUUCUGCAACGUGGCGGCCCGUUCAGAGGAGCGAGCGCUUGCUGCCCGGCCCUGCUGGUGGAUGGUCCGUAGUUGGCUGGGGUGGCAGGCCUUUCAGUGGGAUCUACCUGAGUAACAAGGAAUCAGGAACGUGUCACUGCGUGUGCUGGGACAACCCACUCUUCAGCAGCUGCCGCGUGGCCAAUGUCUUACCCGGUUCCGAGAACAAGGACUGCUCCGGCACCAGACGGCCUUCGUUUUCUGAGGCUCACGGGACGUCUGGCUCCGAUGAAAGGGACGCGGGGAUCCUGAGAGGCGUGGACACCUCGUUAGGAUCAACUCGCACCAAGGUUGUCUGCAAGCAGUGUGGAGCCCGUCUUGGCCGCGUGCUUCCUGAUGGACGUGGGCCUAGUGGGCAGAGGUUUUGCAUCAACAGUGUGGCACUGAAGUUCAAACCAAGGAAAUACUGACUGUCUCCAGGGGCCCCCUCCCCUUGCCACUGCUUCAUUUACACCCUCAGUUGUCAUCGCUCAUAUGCAUGACGUGUUCUGUUGGCUACCGAGCUAGGCCAAAUGUGUUGCUGGCACCAGGCAAGUCACAACCUCUGGGAUAUAUUUACCUGGACUCAGCCCAACCCUGACUCCAGCUUGGACUAGAAUUUCACGCGGUGACAGAAGGGCAGCCAUUUCCAUCGAAUUGACUUCUGUAGGCUUUGCCUGGGACCAGAGGGUGUGACUCUUGGGGGACAUUAAGAAGCUGAUGGACCAUGAGCCAAAAAACUCCUACAGAACUACCCUGACCUUACCACUGCAGUGAAGCACUUCGUGGACCUAUACAGGUGAGGGGUCAAGGGAAAAGAGGAAGGGGACGCGGGAUUAGAGUAAUCAACAAUCCCAGCGCCGAAAGAAAUGCCAAGGACCGGGGUUGUGGGACAGCAGAGUUUGGGAGGCACAUGCAGUGAUCGAUGGGAUGCAUGGUUCUUUUUCAUAGCUUUAGAAUGUCUUGACCAUUCUGGUUUCAUGCUUUCUACCCACAAAUAAGUGCCAGUGGGAGCUUGUUAGAUUUCAGUGAUCAAUGAGUAAAAGUGGCUGCCAAGUUAAGCUUUAACAUGUUCAAAUAAAAUACUUACUAAAAUUGGUGUUUA